AUGAGCGUAAGACAAAGGAAGACCACAGAUACCACUUCAAAGACAUCUACUUCGACUAGUUCCACGUCUGAGAAAGUUAAAGACUUCACCAAAACCAUGAAAUUGAGUUUUUAUCAUGAAUUAGAUGAAUGGCAGCAAGAUAACCAUUUCAUAAAAUCGGGAUACGUCAGAGGUACUAAUUCCUAUAAAGAGAGUUUCUUGUCAUUAUUUUACAUCCAUAACGAAACAGGUAACAUUUACAGUCAUUUACUUCCAUCUUUGGUCAUAAUUGCUUCUAUUUUGUAUUACAUUAACUAUCAGCUUGAGGAUGUCAAAUUAUGGGAACAAUUGAAUUUCCUUCAAUUCGGAUUGGCUCUGACUUUUUGUCUUUUGAUGUCAUCAAUCUUUCAUUGUCUCAAGUCACAUUCCCAUAAGGUAUCGAAAUUCGGUAAUCGUUUGGACUAUUUCGGUAUCAUCAUUCUAAUCACUUGUUCUUUGAUAUCCAUCAUAAUGUUUGCAUUUGUUAACGAACCAGGGAUUAGGAAUACCUUGAUGUUAGUUUUUCUUUCCUUGGGAGGAUUAUGUACUUUCUUCACCCUUGAUGUGAAGUUUUCAUCUCCUAAAUAUCGUCCCAUUAGAUCUACAAUGUUCAUCUUAUUUGGAUUAUCAGGAGUUUUACCCAUUUUGGUGUCGACUCGAGAAUUUGGUUGGGAAAAUACAAAAGAAAGGUCUUCUAUCAAUUAUCUUAUCUUAGAAGGGGUGUUUUAUAUCUUUGGAGCAGUACUUUAUGCUAUGAGAGUACCUGAAAGAUUUACUCAUAUUGAAGAUGAUGCACUUUUAGGUCAAACAGUGGGAAAAUUUGAUAUUUGGGGUCAUUCUCAUCAAAUCUUUCAUGUUUUUGUGGUCAUUGCUGCUUUUUGUCAUUGGAAAGCUCUAGUCAAUGUGUACAUUUAUAUGAGACAACAUUGA